AUGCACCUCGUGGCGCCUGGGCCUGCCAUCAGCGGCACCUGGCCGACCGCCCCGCCGACUGCCUCGUCGGUCGACGAAUGGGCCGCCCAAUGGGCCAGCGAGGUGGUUGGCGCGCUGACGGCGGUACCCGCGGCGGUUGUCGUCGUGCCCGCCGGCGAGGCACCGGCGCUCGCCUUGGGCCGGGCGCCCGCAGUGCUGGGAAGCGGCUGGCGGCCGGCGGUCGGCGUCGGCUCGCCGCCCGAGCAGGCGUUGGGCGAGGCGCUUGGCGCUGCGCUCGACUCUUGCGGCGCGUUUACUGCCAUUGUCCCCGUCGCCGUCUGCGCCCUCCCGUGGCCGCCGUCGCUCGCCUCGACGCUCGCGUCCACGCUCGACGCGCUGACCAGCCUCGAUCCGGCGACGUGUCCACUGGCGGCGCGAACCGUCAACGCGCGGGUGCUUGUGCUUGAGAUGCAGCGGCUGCUGCUCGCCAUGGCCCGCGCCGGCCACGCGCUGCUGCUGGUGGUCGAUCCGCUGCCGGACGCCGCCCAUCUCGCCCUCCUCACCUCCGCCAUCCGUCCGCCGCACGCCGUCCUCGCCAUCGACCCGGUCGCGGCCACCGUCCCGCUCUGGGUCGCCGCACCCUCGGCCGCCCCCACUGCGGCUGCGCUCGCCGCCUGGACCUCCGCCCCGCCCACCGGCGCCCUCACCGAUCUGGUCGCCGGCGCCCUCGCCGCAUGCGCCCCGCCGGCCCGCGGACUCCUCGCAACCCUCGCCGCCCUCCCGCCCACCGCCGGUGUCGCGCCGGCCAUGCUCGCCGCCUUUGUCGCCGCCAUCACCGGCGCCGACAUGCCCGCCGCCCACGCGCUCGUCGCCCAGCUCCACGAUGCCGGCCUACUCUCGCUCGCCCACGACGCAUACAAUGAGCGGGUCAUCCCCUCCAUCGUCCGCAGCGCGCUUGGCGAGCUCCUCCCGCGCCCCGCAGCUGCAGCGCUUGCCCUCGCCCUGGUGAGCACCGCUCUUCCUGGCGGGCCCGCCCGAUGGCCGCCUCUUGCGGCGGCGGCGGUAGCGGCGGCGGCAGCCGGAGCAUCGCCGGCGAGCAGCGGAAUGAUGGCGCUCGAACGGCUGGCAGCAGCGGCGCUGCGCAGCGGGGCGACGGGCUCGUGGGCCGUCCGCCGCGGGACGGCGGCAGUUGUGGAGGUCGGCUGCGCGGCUGGCGCUGCAGCGGCGCUUACCGACCUCGGGUACCUGGUGCGGCGGAUGUGCGGAUCGGCGGUGUGCGCCGUCGACGGGCUGGUCAUCGACACUCUCGCCUGCACCAGCGCCGGGCAUGAGCUCGGCGCCUUGGUCGGCGCCCUGCGCGCCGGCGCCACCAUGGACCUCGGCGAGCCGACCUCGCUGCCCGGCGAGCUAGUCGCCCAUCUCGGCGGUGAGGGCGCGCCGCGUGAGUUGAUGCCGCUCCUGCGCGCCGCCCUCUGCGCUCCGGCCCCAUCGGUCGUCCCGCUCACCCCGCUGCCGCGGCCGGUCCUCACCGAGGAGCCCAUCCCGCUCAUCGCCUCCACCGUCGCCGUCGACGCCUGCGCCGCGGGCCUCGCCGUCGCCGUCGACUCGGUCGGCUCGGCCUGGGUCGUCGACACAGACCGCGGUGCCGUCCUCGCUCGCCUCGCCACCGCCUCGGCCCCGCCGCUCAAGACCCGUCACACGCCGAUGGCCGUCGUCGCCCUGGCCGCGCACCUGCCGCCAUCGGCAUCGGCAUCGUCAUCGACAUCGCCCGCGCCCGUCCAGCUGCUCACCGUCGUCGCCGGCACCCCCUCCGGGCGCCUGGUGGUGUGGACGCCCAUCGGUGCCGGAUCGGACGCGGCGGGAGGCGAGAUGGCGUACCACGCCGUCCCGACCCAGGUCGUCCAUCCGAGGCCCGGCCCGCUGGUGGCGCUGGUAGCACUCCGCGCCCGCGGCGAGAGCACUGCCUUUGGCGCCGUCUCGUUGGCCGCCGAUGGCAGCGCGGGCAUCUGGCGAGUCGACGCUCUCGGCGGACUCGUCCUCCACGCCGCCCUCUCGGCCGUCCCUGCCCUCGUCUCCGCACCCGGUCCGCCCGCGGUGGCCAUCGUCGCCACCCUCGAGCCGGUCAUCGUCCGCUGGGCCCGCGGCGCCGCCGAGGUCGUCCUCACCAAGAGCUCGCCGCCGUACGCCACCACCAUGGCGCCGAUCUCCGGUCUCGGCCAGGCGCUGCUGGACGGCGUGGUGUCACUCAGCUCCGCCUAUCCGCUCCCGGCGGUGGCGGCCUGGGCCGGAAGCGUCGUCGUCAUCAUCGGCGCCCUGCCCGCUGCGCCGGCCGUCCUCGUCCCCAUCGCCCGCCUCGUCGCGCCGUGGGCAGACAUCGCGGGCGUCGUUGGCGGGCCAUGCGGCGCGGUUGUGGCGUGGCGGGCCGACGGUUUGGUGGCCAUGUGGCAUGCACCGCUGGCAGCCAGGACCGAGGGCGAGGGCGAGGCUGUGCCGGCCGCCGAUGCGAUGGCGCAGCUCGCCGUCGAGGGCCCGCUCCUCGGCGCCGGCGCCGUGGUGGCGUGCGAUGGGGCGGCGGUGGUGGUGGGAUGGUCUGGCGCGCGCCCAGGCGCCGGGCGGGUGGCCGUCUGGCUGCCAGCGGACGGGACAACGACGAGCUACCGCCUCGGCUAUCCGCUGGUCGGCGCGGUGGUGACACCCGACGCGCGGAGCGUGCUUUCGUGGUCGACAGACUGCGCGCUGCGGAUGUGGCGCCCGUCGUCGAGCGCGUCGCGCGCCGGGCGCGCAGCAGGCGCAGGCAGCGCCGCGGGCGUGGUCGCUCUCACGCCCGGGCCACGGGCCUUGGCACUGGCCACCUGGGGCGGGAGCGAUGACGCUGGGUGCUGUCUCCGGCUGUGGCGCAUGGUCCGCGGUGCUGGUGACGCUGCAGGCGCGCAGCAGCUCUGCGGGCACGAUGCACCCGUGCUCGGCGCUGCCGUCGCCUCGCCGCGCCGCCGAUGGGGCCGCCUCCCACUCCUCGCCACCUGGGCCGCCGAUGGCUCGGUUGCUGUCUGGCAGGCGGACGAGCCCGAGGCCAAGGCAUACCUCGCCGCGCCUGUGGCCACCAUCGACGCCCACGCCAGCGACGUCCUCGGCGUCCUUGUCCUCCGCCACGGCGCCAUCGCCGACGACCUCGACUGCGAUGCCGAUCCGACGCCUCAUCCUACGGUCACCCUCCCCGUCCUCCUCACCUGGUCCAAGGAGCCGACUAUGGUCAUCUGGGCGCCUGCCCCGCCGUCCCCAUCGGUAGCGCCCGGCACGCAUGCCGGCUAUCAGCGGCUGCAGCAGCUCGCCUGCCCCACAGGCUGGGUCCGUGGCGCCGUCCGCCUCGAGCGCCACACAGGCGCCCUCCCACACAUUGUCUCGUGCUCUGGCGACGGAGCAGUGCGGGUGUGGCGGGCGAUGGAGGAUGAUGGCAAUGGCGAUGGCGAUGGCGAUGGCGAUGGCGAUGGCGAUGGCGAUGACGAGCGCGAGCGCGAGCGAGGCCGCGGGCUGUACGAGGCCCGGGCGGCACAGGUGCUCGGCGGGCACACCCGCGGGGUCAAGGGUGUGCUGGUGCGACGCAACGGCGGCCUGGUCUCGUGGUCGUACGACGGGACGCUGCGGGUGUGGGCGAGGGUGGGCGGCGGGGCGUUUGGCGAUUCAGCGACAUCAGUGCUGCAGCAGCCGUCGCGGGUGCUGGCCGAUGCGCUAGAGGCUGCUGAUGGAAAGCUCCUCUCCUGGGGCCGCGAGCAGCUGGCGGUUUGGGCGCCCGAUGGCACCGGCGGCUACCUCUCGCCGCCCGUCGCCGUACUGGCCCUCUACCUCCCGCGGGCGGUGGCGAUGCGGGUGGCGGCGGCGGCCGGCACGAUGCCCGGACACAACACGCUGAGCGGAUGCGGGCCGGUGCGAUCUGGCGGAGUGUACGUCGAUGCCGUGGCCGUUGGCCUGCAGACUGGCCUCGCCGUCACAGCCUCGCACCCGCCCAUCGUCCUCGCCGGCAGGCUCCGGCCGCCGCUGGCCGACGCGGGGUCGGGCGCCCGCGAUCCGCGCCUCCUCCUCCACCUCCCGCCUGAGCUCCUCCACUACCACCUGCUCACCCACCUCUCACACGCGGACGGCAUUGCUCUUGCCCUCACCUGCCGCGCUCUCUACGCCCGCCUCGCCGACCACUACCUCCCAUCUUGGGCCCGUCUGGACGAGCUGUGACCGACUGUGGUUCUCCGUGGUUCGCGCAAUCAUAUGCUUUCCCCUUGCGCCCGCCCCCUCCAC